AUUAUCAUUAAGUUAUCGAUAAUUUCAGAAUCUAAUUCGGGAACUCGGGAUGUUAUUAUGUGACUUAUAAACAGCUUUCAACUGUUCCAAUCCAGAGGCUUUCAGAAUUCUGCUUUCAAAUACCCUGUCAACAUUGUACAAUUAGAUUUCGCGGCUUUCAGUUUAUAUAUUUCAAAGAAAAGAGACAUAUUAUAAUACAAAAAAACAGACAUGAAAGCUCUAACAUUCUGUCAUGUACUGUACGUACUACAAUCUCUGUAUAUGGUGAAUUGUUACAAAGUACGACCAUCUCUGUAUGACCCUGUGGAGCUAGUACAUUUUCAACUACUGGAUGGUAGUGAGAACGUAAACAGAAAUAGAUACGAUGUCAUCCCGCCCUACACACUCUCCCCAUCUCGUCCCGCCCUCCCGUUACUCAGCAGGGGAGAACGGGAAACCGGCUUUGACGAAUACCUGGACGGUACGGCGGAACCAUCCUGUCGUGAGCUGAGAAAAAUGUGGCGGUUAGCCCGGAAAAUCCAUAAUAAGGCAAUUGAAACAAAUGAGAUCCCACGAAAAGUUCAUUCAUUCGCAGAUUUCGAAGCUGACAGAUUUAGAAAUGCCAGAAGAUUCCGUGGAAAGAGUGGGAGUAGCAGCCCUCGGAACAGAAAUAAGGGAAGUAAGGGAGGAUCUAAAGAGGAGGAUGUGUACGGUACGGUGAGCUAUAGUCAAGAUUCUGAGACGGUAAAGCGUCCCCGGGACCACGUGAGGACCGUGUACACUGAACUACGGGACCCGGAUACACCCCUCAGCUCAGAUCCAAACCCUGGCGCAUGGAACUCAGGAAUACAAUAUUUUGAAAAAUCAGCUCCAAAACCUUCACACUUCGACAACCUUCACUCUGAGCUACGUCAGAGCCAAGGGUUGCCGGCUAGGUCGGAUAAGGGAUCAGGGCAGGAUUGGGGUAAACUACUAUACAGGGAGAAACAGAGAAAACCGUCUCAGUUCGACUUGCUCAGAAGCACGUUAAAACAGGAUGGCGGAAGAAGUAGAUUGAAUUAUAGAGACGAAACCAGCGGAGCAAUUCAAACCGGAGGAAUAGUAGACAAGGAACAUUGGAAUAGAAGGAAAAAUCUUCGAAAACACAAAAAUCAAGAUAGAAAGAUAGAGGAGCUAGAACAAGCUUUGUUGGAUGGUUUCAGACGGAAUCAGUUCCCAAUACAAUCUCAACAGUUGCGGAAAGGUAAGAAAGACGAAGCAAAGAAAAGAUUCCGCGAACGCGAGUUCUACAAGAACCUGAUGUUAAAGGGAAAGUAGAAUCUAUAAUACACCUGUAUUAAAACUGCUACAGCUAAAAGUUCCCGGAUUUUGUACGACGAAAAAUCCGCCAAAAGAUUGCUUCCAGAAAUUUCAAACACAGAAAUGAGCUGCAGUAGCAAAAGACAUCUCGAGGUAUUUCAAUAUGAGAAAAAUAUUUAUUCAGUGAUUAAAACUGCAUUUUCUUGUUUGUCGAACAAAAGUCUAAAAUAUUUAUUAUUUAAAUGGCAUAUUUCUAUGCUAAAUAUUUAACCGUGCAUGUGCAUAGUUACAAAUAGCAACAAACUCCGAUUCCAGUGAAUUUAUAUUAUUUAUUAAUGUUCAACGUUUUAAACCAUUUUUUCUGCAGUAUAUAUUGGACAUAUCCAUGUUUAUUUCACAUAUCUGUUUUAUGUUCAAAAUUAGCCAUUAAGUCCUACAUAUCAAAUUGAUUGAGAAAAUUAAACACAAGAAACAUAUCUUAUCAAAAAUUAUAUCAUUUUUUCAAAACCGUCAGGAAUUUUAUUUUCCAUGUAAAAAAAUAAUUUUUAGCUGUAAAUAAUUCAUGUAACAUUUGUUCUCCAGCCCUCUUGGCUUUCCGGAAAAUGUUGGCUUUCAAUUAUUGUCUUUUCAAGCUUUUUCAAGCUUUCAAGAAACAAGAAAUUCUUUGAAGAAUGUGUGUAUUGUGUUCUAGCAGAAACCUGUCUCGCUACAGAGCAGAGUAGAGGUUCCGUGAAUACUCAAAUAAAUAAAAUUCUGAAUUUCGGAGAUUUUCUUCAAUUAAUUGCAACUUUUAUCGUUGAAAAUAAUCAAGAAUUUCUUAAAUUUUGAGAAAAAGGCCUCUGUCACAAAAGGGUCCAACUUAAAAAUUGUAAAAAUAAACAGGUCGAAACUUUUGAAGCCCGGUGGAUAAAACUAACACAUUAUGGAUUUAUCAAAAUCUAUGUUAAAAAUCUCUUGGCGAAUUUAAAAAAACCGAAAAAAACCUAAUCGCCAUAAAUUAAAAGUUUCUGCUGUUUAAGUCAGGCGUUGCAGUUCAGCGAAAUCUUAAUCAAAAGUUUUGACCUCUUUGUUUAUCUUCCACCAUUGGACAAAAUAGCUGUGAUGAACCCAUGCUACCAUCUUUCCAUUUAUAUAUUUAUUCAAAAAUCCUGUUUUCUCUUUUAUUAUUUUAUCAUUUUAUCUAAAGAAUCUCUUAUAUACAUAUAUAUAUAUAGGUCUGAAUUAUAAAUCUAGUCAUGUCUUUAAUGAUACAACCUAGAUAGAUAGAUAGAUAAUCCUUGAUUUAUCAUCAGUUUAUAAGUUAUUUUAAUGUAGAGCUGGCCAUAUAAGUAUAGAAAAUUAAACUGACAUUUUCAAGAAAUAUAAAUUUGAUUCUUGAAACAUGAUCACAAAAUUUCUGGUCAUAAAUCAUUAAUUAAAUUCAUUUAAUGAAACCAAAAUUAUCCAAAUCUGAACGAAAUUCUUUAGAGAUAUUGAAAACACAAAAAAGGCCGACCACAUUUUGUCAAAAACAUCUGCAAUUUCUGUUUAUUAAUUUAAAAUUUUUUACUUUUUUUGUAAUCCAAGCCCAGCUCAUAUUUUCAGAAUUUAAAAGAGAAUCUAUCUAUUAAAUUAUUGACCAAAAAUUUAUGAGAAUUUAUAUUUAAUUUCUGAAAAAAAUGUAUAUUCCUAUAUGAUGAUAAGUGAAAAUAUUAGAUUAGAUUGUCCGUAUUGAUAUUUAUCUAUUUCUGGAUUUUGUUACAAACAUAUCAUAACUUUCUGUUCAUAUAAAAAGUAUGAAAAUACCCUCAAGAAAAUCAGACAUUUUUCAAAAAUAUUUAAUUU